UGGUGCUGCUGCUAAUUUUAACCUGUCAGUUCAAAGAGCAUGGGGACUGAAAGCAACGUUAUAGAACCAGGGAGGAAACAACACGUCUGCGGAGGCACCUUGGUGAGACUUCUGUCUAGAUAAGGAUAAUCCAACCCUCUGAUUCAAAGUCCUGUAGAUAUGAGUUAUCGUUCUCGAGCCUCCAAGGUGCAACAGCAUGUCCACUGUGAUUCCUGCUACAGCCGGCGCUGCAGGGCUCGGGUGGAGGCCUCCGUGUGCUGCACGGUCGUCCCCUGCCGACUGCUCUGCGGAGCAGUCUUCCACCUGUGCAAAGAGGAGGACCACCUGCUGCUCUGCCCAAACGUGAGGGUGCCUUGCCUUAAUGCUGAGUAUGGUUGCCCGGUCCAGCUGCCCCGCUCUGCGCAGGCAGCUCACCUCCAGGUGUGUCCGGCCAGCGUGGUGUGCUGCUCCAUGGACUGGCUCCGCUGGCCAACUGAUGACACAAACCCACACAGUAACAUAGCCCUGCAGGAGAAUCUGCUGAAGGAAAAGGACAAGCAGGGGGAGGCUCUGGAUUUUGCCAUGGCCCUGGUUGAUCAGUCAGACCUUUACAGCCGCCUGAAAAUGAAGCCCCUCUAUCCAGAGCUGAUGGAGGAAGAAGAGGAGGAGGAAGUAAAGGAGGAGGAGAAGAAGGAGGAGAUGGCAGUGGGAGGGUUUGUCAACGGUGUUACAGACAAUGAUGCUACUGAAGAAAACAGUUUGUGUGAGAGACGUGUUGAAGAGACUGUACGGGGCGUUAUGGUACAAAACCUGGCCCUCCUCAAAGAGAGACACAGCAUGUUUGAGAUGAUGUUCGGCAUGGACAAGGGCGGCUGCACUGUUGCUCAGGAAAACCUCAACAAUCCCAAACCCGAAGAGAAGGAGAAGGCCCAGAGUGCGGUGAAAAAGACGAGUGCGGACUGCAAAGACAAAGAGAAAGGUGGUGCAGCUAUGUCUAAAAACUGCCCCCCGCCGGACACAAGUAAGACAGGCCUGGCCCCAUGGCAGGAGGGUGUGGUGGACCGUCUAGGGAAGGAGCUCACCCCGCAGGAGUACAACAUGUACGUGGUGCAUCAUGGGCGCAUGCUGGUUGCGUUUGGACAAAUUGAGGCCUGUACACCGAGGGAGAAAGAUUUUGUCUAUGGCAGCCUGGAGCCUAUUCCAGUCCAGACCCUGUGCUCCUUUAAGAUCCCCGACAGCUAUCACUACAGGCGGCGGGUUCAUCUGUACGACACAGCUUCAAGGGCUCAGAGCGAGCCUCGCAGCGUGGACACGUCAGACCUCACAGCCAACGAAGAGGACUGGUUCAGUGAUGAGGCAGCAGCCACCCUGCUGGGCUAUGCUGAGAAGGAGGUCAUGGGUCACAAGAUCAGUGAGUCAAAGGCAGCCGAUGGGCUCUAUGUUGAUGUGGGAACACAGACACACUCGUUCCGCACGGCUCCUUUCAAAAAGAAGACAACUCUGGAGGAGGUGAUGGUGGACAGACCCCUGAAGCUUCGUCUGGAGCUGCAGGCAGAGAGCGUGAACAGCAGACACACCAGAGCCAGCUGUGCCUUCGCCUUCCUCUGUGGCCACACCUUCCACCGCAAAGAGUUUGCCACACAUUUCAGGAAUGUUCACAGUGAAAUCCAGACAGGUCUGAGUGGAUGGUUUGAGCAGAGAUGCCCCUUAGCAUAUCUGGGAUGCACCUAUAGCCAGAAGAGGUUUCAGCCUUCCACACAUAAAGCCACCAUCACCUACAAUCAACAGCUGAGGACUUUCAACUUGCGUCCGACCCUCGUAGUCUCAUUAAUUGAUGACUCCCAGCAAUCAACAGUGGACUCCUUUGCUGCUCAGGGGGAGGGAAAAGGUCAGGCGGGAGGAGGGGAGGACUCUCUAAGCUUGCUGCCCUACGAGGUGCUGUGCCACAUGGCUAGUUUCCUGGACAGUCUGUCCCUGUCUCAGCUGGCUCUGGUGUCCCGACUCAUGAGGCAGGUGUGCUCCUCCCUGCUGCAGGAGAGAGGGAUGGUCACUCUUCACUGGGAGAGGAAGACCUCCUCACAUGGAGGAGCCAAGUGGAGGGCCAAACCUGUAUGGGAGUUCAGUCAUCUCUUCUCCUCUGUGGACUCGUGGCAUAUGGCAGACACCCCCCCUAUAUCUGCUCAUCUAAAAGUCUGUCCUUACUAUAAGACCUCUGUGCACAGUGAGCCUGUUCCUCUCCCCAGCAUGAGUGAGAAACAGGGGUGCAGCCAAGAGAGAAUGAGCCUUGUCAAUCAUUUUACACAAAACAGAUGGCAACAGUGAAAAAAAAAAUAUUCUACCUGCUGUGUCUACUUUGAAAUAUUUAUUUGUGUAUUAUUUACAGUGAUGGUGAGUGGUGAAUAUAAAGAUUAUGUCUUUUAACCAGUACAUCACAACGUACUACAAAUAAAAUCAACCUGAACUGGU